AUGCCUGCUAUCCCUCAGAUAGACCCUAUUUCGGGCGCUGCUCCUGAGAUACAGCCAGACCUACCAAUCACUUCUGCCAAUAUAACUCCUGCUUUCGAUCCCAACGAAGUCACCGUAGUCUACAUUCUCGGUGGUCCGGGCUCUGGGAAAGGAACUCAGUCAGCCAACCUGGUACGAGAUUAUGGCUUCAAACACUUAUCAGCAGGAGACUUGCUACGAGAAGAACAGAACCGAGAAGGAAGCCAAUAUGGCGAUCUAAUCAAGAGCUAUAUCAAGGACGGGUUGAUUGUGCCGAUGGAAGUCACUGUCAAGCUGCUGGAAAAUUCCAUGCGUACAGCUCUUGAUUCGAAGGACAAACAGUCUCGCUUCCUGAUUGAUGGUUUUCCCAGAAAGAUGGACCAAGCUGUCUUCUUUGAGCAGAGUGUCUGUCCCUCCAAAUGUACUAUCUUUCUUGAUGCUCCUGAGGAUGUCAUGCUGGAGCGACUAUUAGAACGUGGCAAGACUAGUGGCAGAUCGGACGACAACGAAGAGAGUAUCAAGAAGAGAUUCAAGACCUUUAUCGAAACCAGCAUGCCAGUCGUUGAUAUGUUCCGACAAGAAGGCAAAGUUGUAAGUGUUUCUGCUCUGGGCUCUAUUGGAGAAAUUUAUACCAAACUUGUGGAAGAGCUUGCCAAAAGGGGUAUCAGUCCGACGAAAUAA